UAGGGUCUGCAAAAUGUGGUUCUUGUCCAAAGCAUUUCUAGUGUUUGCCAUCGUAGUACGGAACGCUUUGGCACAGUGUGACGUAAAUUCACCGUAUCGUACGUUCGAUGGUACCUGUAACAAUCUGCGGAAUCCGACCUGGGGAGCAGCCAAAGUCCCGUACGGUAGGUUACUGCCAGCGGAGUAUGGAGACGGUGUGUCCGUACCACGUCGUUCGAGAACGGGAGCUGAGCUGCCCAGUGCCAGAUUGCUAUCGCUGACAUUAUUCAACGAGCAGAACAUUCUCGAUCAGAGGACUACGCUGGUGAAUAUGCAGUUCGGUCAGCUGGUGGCUCAUGAUAUGGGAUUUCGAGGGGAAAGUUCCGACACAGUACCUUGUUGUCAAAAUGGACGAGUGGUGGCGAACCCUGGGAAACGAUGCUUUCCGAUCUCCGUACAACCGAACGAUCCCGUUCUGUCUGCCGAAAGGAUACAGUGUCUAGAUCUUAUACGAACGCUUAAUACAUGUGACGUCAACCCAGCUGCUUGUACAAACGGGCAACAGGCCCAGCAGUUGAAUGAUGCCACUUCGUUCCUAGAUUUGUCAGUCGUUUACGGAAACAGUGCCCAACAAAAUGCUCCGCUUCGAGCGUAUGUUGGCGGUCGGCUGAAGGUGGACAAUCGAAACGGAACCGAAUGGCCUCCGAGACAUCCACGGUCGAGUACUGCCUGUACGCUGAGCCGCGCCACAGACACCUGCUAUCUGACCGGUGACGAGCGCAGCAAUAUUACGCCGGAACUAACGAUCCUACAUAUAGCGUUCCUGCGGGAACACAACCGUAUCGCACAACAGCUGUGCAAAGCCAGGCCUUUGUGGAAUGAUGAGAAGGUGUUUCAAGAGGCAAGACGCAUCAAUAUUGCACAGUAUCAACAUAUCGUGUAUUACGAAUGGUUGCCGUAUUAUCUCGGACCGGAUUAUAUGUACCAGCGGGGUUUGCUGUUUCGUAGCUAUGUGAAUGAUUACAACCCGUCGAUAAAUCCUACUGUGCUGAAUGAUCACGCAAAUGGUGCUUUUCGGUACUUCCACUCUUCGAUUGUGGGUAGCCUGAGCCUUUACCAGGAAUCGCGAACCAUUGCCGGUUCGAUCAACUUUAACGAUCACAUAUUUAACCCUACGAUUCUGGAGCGAAACGAUGGUUAUCGGAUGCUGACGCGUGGCUUGACCACACAACCGAUGGGACGCAAUGAUCCGAGCUUUGAUCCGGAGGUUAGACACUAUAUGUUCCGUAUGAGCGCACGGUUUGGAACUGACAUCAAAGCGUUAGAUAUUCAACGAAGCCGUGAUCAUGGAAUACCGGGCUACAAUAUCUUCCGGCAGUACUGUGGCUUAGGACGGGCCACACGUUGGGAGGAUUUCGUCGAGCUGCGUGGACCAAGAGAUAUACAGCUCCUUAACACUCUCUAUCGCACCGUGGAUGAUGUGGACCUUACCGUCGCUGAGUUCUUUGAGCGACAUCUUCCCGGUACGCAGGCUGGCCCUACGUAUCACUGCAUUCUAAUGGAGCAGUUCCUUCGCACAAGAAAAGGCGAUCGGUUCUUCUUUGAGAAUGGAAACGGGCCAGGAGCAUUCACAGCACCGCAGUUGAACGAAGUUAAGAAGGCUAGCAUAGCACGGAUACUGUGCGAAAAUUCUCCAGGCGUUACACAAAUGCAGCGUCGUGCCUUCCAGCAGAUAUCGGAUGUAAAUCCUUUGGUACAGUGCUCGACACUACCCGCGCUUGAUGCACGUUUGUUUUAAGAUGGCUAAAUAC